AGGCAGCCAGCAAAACCACUUCCACUGGACUUGCUGAGGAAUUGCACAAAGAAGAGAUUCGUUAAGCCUGAGGAGGAAGAGACUGCUGGUUUUGGGGGACAGACUCUGGUGGUCAUUACUGUCUCCUCUUCUGUAAUGAGUUGGACUUGCAGGGGAAGGACUUGUCAAAUCCUGAAUUCUUCAAGGUGGUACCUCAUCAGGCAGACACAUGAAGCCAGAGGAGACUGGUGGUUCUGUUUAUCAGCCCUUGGAUGAGUCACGCCAUGUUCAACGAGGUGUACUGCAAGCCCUCGGGGCCAUCCAGAUCCUGAAUGGAAUACUGAUUCUAGCUCUCGGAAUUUUUCUGGUUUGUUUACAACACGUGUCCCACCACUUCAGGCAUUUCUUCUUCUUCACCUUCUACACAGGCUACCCACUGUGGGGUGCUGUGUUUUUUAUCAGCUCAGGAUCCUUGACUGUUGCCGCAGGGAGAAACCCCACACGAAUGCUGAUGCAAAACAGUUUUGGGAUAAACAUUGCCAGUACUACAAUUGCAUUUGUUGGGACUGUUUUCCUUUCUGUGCAUUUGGCAUUCAAUACCCAGGCUUUCAAGGGUUGCCAAUCUUCACCGUCACCUGAUGUCUGCAUUUCCCUGGGUUCCUCAUCAGAUGGCCUGGUGUCUUUAAUGCUGAUUCUCACCCUGCUGGAGCUGUCCGUGACCAUUUCUAUCUCUGCCAUGUGGUGCUUGGGAAAUGUUUGUGGUUUAAGAGAGGCAAUUACUUCACCUCCUAAUUCUGUGGAGUCAGGAAUACUUCCUGAAGGAAGUGAUUCUGAGAACCUGAACACUCAGCCCCAAGCUUCAGAAGAGUGAGAACCUCAUUUGAAAACUCAGCAGAACAUGAACAGAUGAAAUGCAAUCCUUCUGUCAUGGAAAUAUUCACAAGAAAGCUGGCAUCUGUCCCAAUUCUCUCUCCUGUAAAUCCACGAGCACGGUCUGGAUCUGGAUGAAUAAAUAUAUUUCCUUAGGUGA